UUUUGGCAGGCGGGUGAAAGUUCACAAUGGCGUGAAAAUAUCAGGUGACGGUGUGGAAUAGCUCUCCUGCACUAGUGCUAGCGGGAGAGUGUCAUUGUGGAAACUCAUAAACGCGUUUGGGUACAAUGAGCCAAGAUAACAAAAAGUAUGGGGAGGAAGACGAGUCGCCCACAAUGACUGGUGUUGAUGAUGAUGAUGAUGAGGAGGAUGAUGACGAUCUUGACACCUUUACCGACGGGGACCAUGACAGCGGGUGCGAGGAUGGGGUUCUAGGGUGCAGGGACCCCUUCAGCUCUGAAGUGAAGCCGCGGAUCCUGCUGAUGGGCCUCAGGCGGAGCGGCAAGUCCUCCAUUCAGAAAGUGGUCUUUCACAAAAUGUCCCCCAACGAGACCCUCUUCCUGGAGAGCACCAACAAGAUCUGCCGGGAAGACGUGUCCAACAGCUCCUUCGUCAACUUCCAGAUCUGGGACUUCCCUGGGCAGAUCGACUUCUUCGACCCCACCUUUGACUAUGAGAUGAUCUUUAGGGGGACCGGCGCCCUGAUAUUCGUCAUCGAUUCUCAGGAUGACUACGUGGAAGCCUUGAGCAGACUUCAUCUUACAGUGACCAGAGCCUACAAGGUGAACCCUGACAUCAACUUCGAAGUUUUCAUUCAUAAGGUUGAUGGACUGUCAGAUGACCACAAGAUUGAAAAACAGAGAGACAUUCAUAAGCGAGCCAAUGAUGACCUUGUGGAUGCAGCUUUGGAGAGAAUCCAUCUAAGCUUUUACCUGACGAGUAUAUACGACCACUCGAUAUUCGAAGCCUUCAGCAAGGUUGUGCAGAAGCUCAUCCCCCAGCUUCCCACUCUGGAGAAUCUGCUCAACAUUUUCAUUUCUAAUUCCGGAAUCGAGAAGGCAUUUCUUUUUGACGUUGUCAGUAAGAUUUAUAUCGCAACGGACAGCUCUCCAGUGGAUAUGCAGACCUACGAGCUGUGCUGUGACAUGAUCGACGUGGUCAUAGACAUCUCCUGCAUCUACGGAGUGACGGGGGAUGAAGGGGGAAUACCGUAUGACAAGGAGUCGAUGGCGAUCAUCCGACUGAACAGCACGACGGUCAUGUAUCUGAGGGAAGUGACUAAAUUCCUGGCCCUGGUGUGUUUCCUGCGAGAGGAAAGCUUUGAAAGGAAAGGAUUGAUCGACUACAACUUCCACUGUUUCCGCAAAGCCAUUCAGGAGGUGUUUGAGGUGCGGUUGAAGGUGCUGCGGUCCCGCAAGCUGCUGAGUCAGAGAAGGAGAAGCAGGCAAGCCACCCCGAAUGGCACGCCCAGGGCUCCAUCCUGAGGUGCCUGCACUGUGGACCUUGCCGGGCAAAGGGGGCCUGUUACAACACUGUUGCACUGACAUCACAGACUCUGCUGUAUUAUAGCUAAAAGAAAAAAGACAUUUGAAGAACUUGUUAACCCCCUCAGGGUCACGCCUUGUAGUUUUUGUUUAUACUUGAAACAAAAGUUCUGGUGAUUUUUGAAGAAAGUUUGGAUGCAUAUCAGGUUACAAAGGGGUCUUGAUUAAAUGAUGUAGAGAGCAGCUCUGAA